GGACGCACACACGGGAGAUUAACUGUCUGAACCCCGGGGUCACCGUCAGUCAAAGCAAAGAGCGACUCCUCCUGACACCGUUUCGGUGCCCCUCUUCCUCCGGCCUCCCUCCGCCUGCUCGUCUCUCCCGUGCGACUCAUGUCUGCUUUCACAUGGCGAGUAAUACAUCAGCACAGCGUGAUGCAGUACGACAAGCUGGUGGACUUCAUCGGUUUGGCUACAGACAUCGUCCCAGAGCUGCUGAGUCCCAGUCAGAGAGCUCAGCUCACGCUGGGCCUGAGAGCCAGGCUGGUUCUGGAGCUGUGUCGUGGCGAUGGCGUUGCCAACUUGCAGACCAUCCAGAGCCACCUGGAUAAAAUCCACGCCUGCAGCGCUGAACUAAGCAACACUGAUCAGAUGGCCAGUGAAGAUAUACUGAAGACCUCUUACAUCAACUUUGCCGGCCUGGUUCAGAACCUAUUGAAUGUUCCUGAUGAAAAAGACUUCUUCUUCAAAGAGGUGUUUCCCGUAAACUACGGCUCAAACUACGACCAAAGACUGCAGCAGCUGGUGUGUGAGUUCUUGUCCAGACUGGAGCAGCUGUUGCCCACACCGGACCAGCAGCAGACAGCAGCUUGGCUCACUGAAACAACGUCUGCGUCAGAAGAAUUUGGACAGAAUCUGUCUGAACCACUUGCCCUGAAGAGCCUGCUGCUUCAUCACAGACAGUUGGGGACUCUUAACACUUACACGUCUUGGUCUCUUUCAGCUCCUUCCAGCAGCGAGGACGAUAUCCUUUUGUCCACCCUGGCCCUACCUGCUCAAACUGGAAUGGAGAGGUUCACUGAGCCCGACAGUGAAGAUGAUUACGACGAGGAUGAAGGGACCCUGGUAUUGGAAGAUUUAGAAGGAGACCUGACUCAAAGCUCCGACGUCACUGCAGAUGAUUGGUUGCCAAAAAGGGAAUCGGGUCCUCUGUCCCAUUCAUUCAUCUGCCCUCAGUGUUCAUUCACUCACCGCGUAAAGAGGAAGGUCCAAGAGCACAUCUUGAGUGAUCAUUACGUAAGAACUCAAUGUCAGAAACGACUGUGUGUGAAGAAAGCCAGAGCAAAGGCUCAGCGGGAAAGUAAAGACUCGAACGGUGAAAAGCAGAAACUCGAAGGCAUCUUAGGAAAAAAAAGGAAACGCAAGCAAAAAGGCGGCGUUGAAAAUAAGCGUGAGCGCAUGCAGGAGGACAACUUGGAAAACAAGACGCGGCGCAGGGGGAAAGAGCCCGUGGGGGAAGACAAAAGGUUUCUGAGCAUGCGACACGUCAACAAAAACUUCACAGAGACGGAAACAAAAUGCCUUAAGUGUAAAAAGAUUUUUGAACUUCCAAAUCAACUGACGGCUCACAUGAAGCUUCACAGCUUCCCGUACUGCUGCACCCAAUGUGAAAAAGGGUUCACCAGCCCGUCGGGUUAUUAUCAGCACCAGAGGAUCCACAAGAGAGGCCGGGUAUUUGUCUGCAGCCAGUGCAACAAGGGCUUCCUGUGCAACUAUUCGCUGAAGCAACACGAGCGCCUGCACGGAGGCCCCACCCACCUGUGCAACAUCUGCGGGAAAAGCUUCAGCAAAGCGGGAAUUACGAGACACAUGCAGAUGCACAAAGGGGAGAAGAAUUACUUGUGCACCACAUGCGGGAAGUCGUUUUUGUCCUCCGGGGAGCUGCUGCUGCACGUCCGGUCCCACACGGGCGAGACGCCGUACACCUGCACGCACUGCGGGAAGGGCUUCUCCACCAAGAGCCACCUGAACGUGCACACGCGCUCCCACACGGGGGAGCGGCCGUACCUGUGCUCGGCGUGUCCGAAGCGCUUCGUCACGGUGAAUUGCCUGAAGAGGCACACGCUCAGCCACAACGGGGUGAAGCCGUUCAAGUGUCCGAACUGUGAGAAAAAGUUCUCCCAGCAGGGGAAUCUGAAAAGACACCUGGCGACUCAUAAACCCGACACGUAGAGAGCACGAUGUCGUCGUAGUUAACACCCUAAAUAAAUGUUAUUUUUCACAAACACUAGAGGUUUAGAGUUUGAGUGAUCACUAGCAAUAAUUGAACGGUAACAUAUUUUGUAUUCUUUUUAUCUGGGUUCUUCAUUACAUACAGUUAUCAAAACUGGUGCAUUUUGUCUAUAUUAGAUUAGAUAUUUCUUUAUUAGUCCCACAGUGGGGAAAUUUCAGGAUCACAGCAGCGGGUGCACAUUAAAGCAUUUAAUAGUAAAUAAUAAUUUAAAAAAACACAACAAUACUAAAUAUGCAGAGGAAACUAUAUAUAUAUACACAAGGCAGUGACCAAAGUGAAUUCACAGCAGGUUAAAGUGUUCAGGAAAAUAAAGUGCUGAGUGUGCCAAGAUCUCCAUCGAUCUAUUGCAGUUUGUUGUGCAGCCUGACAGCAGCGGGUAGUUGGUUAGAUAUUGUGUAGUUUUAGGCUCCUACGUUGUUUCCUUUUUUCUCUCUCCAAAUUCUGCACCCUUACUUGGCAUUAUAAGUCAUAUUCAACUGUGAGAAAGUGUUGAGACCAUGACAGAUAGCUGAGUUUAAACUUUAGAAAUGAUACGAUGGUGAAGAAGACAAUUAUUGGAUCAACUAACUGCAAACGUAACGGCAGGUUAUCGUGCCUCGAUGGUAUCGGUCUACACAGACAGGGAUGAAAAAGACCUGAAAUGCAAAAGGAAGGGAAAAACACAGCUGUAGGAAAUGCAAUUUAUUUGCAAUUUUUUAAUAACAUCAUUCCUCAGAUAAAAAUGCAAUGUUACAGGAAUAUACAUCAGAUAUUAAUUUAAAACUUGCUUUCAAGGGACCAUACAGUCUAAAUAUACUUUUUCCUUUUUUUAUUUACUGGUAGCGUGCGUUAUAAGCAAGACAGACUCUGUCACCAAUGACAGACUGACAAGUUACAGAUACAAACUGUACAUUACUUAUUUACAAAUAAACUUUUUGUUUGAUUUUUCGUUUCACUUUUUAUUGAAAAUAGGAGUAGAAAAAGUGAUUGAAUUUAUAUUCUGAUUUAUUUCAUUUGUAUUCUUUCCCUUUCCUAAAAUGUAAAAUGAAGUGAAUGAACAAAAAAACAAACGAGAACUCUCCUUUUGACAAAAAGAAGGAAGCCGAAGAAGAAGAAGAAGAA